GCUAACAAUUGAAAAAAAUAAUCAUGUAUUGUUUAAUUAGAUUUUUAUUUAUAUGCAUUGCAUGCAUGCUAUAACAAGAUCAGUCCUAUAAAUACCUUGCCCAACAACGAACAAGAAAUCACAAAACCACUACAUCCUCUUAUACUUAUUCAUAGCCUUUGUGUUUAAGCAAACAAGUUUAUAAUCAAUUAACAACCAUGUCAACUAGAUCCCUCACCAUAUUCAUUCUAGCUCAUGUGUGGCUUUUGAUGGCAACAAAAUCGAUAGCCCAGUUUGUCAUCGACACAAGUGGCGAACCCGUUGAGGACGACGAGGAAUACUUCAUCAGGCCUGCUAUUACAGGCAAUGGAGGAGGUUUCACUUUGAUCACCGGAAAUGGGACAUGCCCUUUGAAUGUUGGUCUUGACAACACUGAAGGGACACUUGGAGCGCCUGUGACGUUCAUUCCUUUUUCUUCUCAUCAUGAUGAUUUCAAUGUUGGGCUUAACAGAGACUUGAGAGUUACAUUCCGAACAGCCACAAGUUGUGGGCAAUCAACAGAUUGGAGAUUAGGUGAGAAAGAUGCAACAAGUGGAAGGAGAUUGAUUGUCACUGGAAGCGAUGAUAGUGCAGGAUCACAACAAGGGAACUUUUUUAGGAUUGUGCAGACCCAAACUAGUGGCAACUAUAACAUUCAAUGGUGCCCUAAAGAGGUGUGCCCUAGUUGUAAUAUUCAAUGUGGGACUGUUGGUGUUAUUCGUGAGAAUGGGAAGAUUUUGUUGGCCCUCGAUGGUGGUGCCCUUCCAGUCGUGUUCCAGAAAGAAUGAGUAUUAGUGUGUUGGUGAAGUUUGUUUUUUAAUGUAAUAAUGUUUCCUUGUUGCUCACUUUCAAGUAUAAACCUAAUGUCAAUAAAUAAACGUGGAGCUAUUGUUCAUUUCAACUGAACCUAAGAGAGAACGAGACAUGUAUUCUAUUCGAUUGAUAUUCAAAUAUAUAUAAUAAAGCUCCGAAUGUUUAUGUA